AUGUGGAUAUCCGGCGCCCUGGGUGCGCACCAGAUUCUGGCCCCAGGAGCUUCAUACGCCGACGAAGUUACUGAAACGGUGGACAAAAUAUGGGAUUGGCUGGGGCCAUUGGUGAAACAGCUUGGCUACAGCGGGAUCCUUGGGCUGAUAACUGCAUCAGCUUUCAAGUUUGUGGGCAGGGCUGGGGCGAUUACCCUUGGACUUGUAUUCAUCGGUCUUCAGGCCUUGCAGCAUUAUGGGUACAUCGAAAUCGACUGGGGAAGAAUUCAAGCAAAAGUUGGAAAAAGGCUGGAUGUUACUGGCGACAAAAAAUUUGAUGAAAUGGACAUCAAGGCGAUCUUGACCAGUGUGUUGGAGGCGAUGGCAAAGGGGCUUCCCAAUGCUGCUGGUUUCUGUGCAGGAUUCCUCAUAGGCCUCAAGGUCAUGUGA